AAAGUGCGACUGUGAAGUGGAGUGAAUCGAUGUGGCAGAGAGAGGAAAGAGAGAAUGAUCAUGCGGGGUGAGGAAAGAGAGAAGAGCGACUGAGAGAGGAAAGAGAAACGUACCUGUACCCGAUGGCCAAGGAGUGAGCGACAGAGGGCCGGAGGCUAUGUGAUGCAGGCGACGGACGAGCGACGAAGCGAGAACGAGAACAGGACGUUGUGGAAGUUGGGGACGCUGCCGCCGGGGCUAAUAACGUAUUACUCGACGACGAAGCCGCUGGACAAGUCAUGGCAUGUGCUUGGGUUGGGUUACAACCCCAGCAUCAGCAUGGACGAGAUCCGGAACGCUGCUGUCGUUCACUUCAACGGCAACUUGAAGCCUUGGCUUGACAUCGCUAUGAACCAGUUCCGUCCCCUCUGGACCAAACACGUCGACUACGACCUCGAUUUCGUCCAGGCCUGCAACUUCGGUACCUGAAAUCUUUCUUUACUUAUUAUUAUUAUUGGUUUAUCAUUUGAGCUCCAGAGGCAUAUAUAUAUAUAUAUAUUGUGCGUAGAGGUAGUCAUAUUUUUAAUUUGGCUGGUAUUACCACGUCGGGAUGUAAGCCCUUGGGUCUCCACCGGAACACAAGUGUGUUUAGAUUUACUGGUCUUUUCUUUUCUUUUUUCGGUUACUUCCGUUUCAGUUAAAGCAGCAACUACUACCAAAAAAAGGACAUGAUUUUGGAUUA